UCCGUGUUUAUCUCGGUCUGCUGUUCGUCAUGCCUGAACCAGCGAAGUCCGCUCCUGCCCCGAAGAAGGGCUCCAAGAAAGCCGUUACCAAGGCGCAGAAGAAGGAUGGCAAGAAGCGCAAGCGCAGCCGCAAGGAGAGCUACUCCGUCUACGUCUACAAGGUGCUGAAGCAGGUCCACCCCGACACCGGCAUCUCGUCCAAGGCGAUGGGCAUCAUGAACUCCUUCGUGAACGACAUCUUCGAGCGCAUCGCCGGCGAGGCUUCCCGCCUGGCGCACUACAACAAGCGCUCGACCAUCACCUCCAGGGAGAUCCAGACUGCCGUGCGCCUGCUGCUGCCUGGAGAGCUGGCCAAGCACGCCGUGUCGGAGGGCACCAAGGCCGUCACCAAGUACACCAGCUCUAACCACCAGGUUCCCGAUGCUAACAGGAUGCGACCAGACUCCCCUGGACAACCACACCAAUGUGCCUUGGAGCUCUGCUUCCCCAGAGCCCUUCCCCACUAUGGAAAGAGAGAGACAGGAUGGGAGUAUGGAUCGAACUGUCGACGCCCAUGUUCAGCAGGGAAGCAAUUACAAAAGACUUCAACUUUCUGCAUCCCACAAUGAUCUUGGGUCCAUACUCCCAGAGGGUUAGAGUAGGAAAGCUAUCAGGAGGGGUUGGUAUACGGAA